ACCUCAACCAAAUCUAAACAUGGCCAAGCAGGCCGUCCUCUAUGUUGUGCAGCUGAAUGACUCGCUCGAUGCCUCUUGUCACUUCGAUAACCUCAAGGCCGUCAUUUGUGACCUAGAUCAAUUUGCGUCUCUCGACAUUCUCAUAUGCUCUCAGCGAUUACAAGGCAACCAAAGACGUGCCUAUUUUAUACCCGUGCAAAAGCUUAUAAGCCAGCUCUAUCUGGAAGCCGCACGACUUGCCGAGCUGGCUGGCAAAGAGCUAGAUACAAUCGUCAUUUUGCAAGGUUAUUGCGGAUAUGCUAUUGAAAAGGAAGACUGCUGGACCAGUGUCGCAGCAGCAGACGCAGAAACGCUUUCAAACUUACCGGGCCUGACAGCAGAAACAAAGCUAUACACACCCGUAACGUCAUCUUCAGAGGCCAUGCAACCUGAUCAAUCUGAGCCGCAAUCGUUUGAGUGUGUUGCUGUUGGCGGUACGUUUGACCAUCUGCACGACGGCCACAAGAUUCUCCUGAGUAUGACUGCCUGGCUUGCCACGGUCAAGGUCAUCUGUGGCGUGACGGAUGAUGCACUACUACAAAAGAAGAAGCACAAGGAGCUGCUUGAGUCGAUUGAUGCACGUCGCAAGAGCGUCGAGCGAUUCUACUACAAAUUCAAGCGUGGCCUCAUCUACGACCUGCCGGCCAUCAAUGAUGUCUAUGGUCCUACUGGACAUGUCGACGCUAUUGAUGCAUUGGUGGCGAGCAAAGAGACGGAAGCAGGCGGCAAGAUGAUUGAGGAGGAACGAGCACGCAAGGCGCUGAGGCGGCUCGAAAUAUUCUACAUUGAAGUCAUUGGUGCUGAUGGCAAGGUUGAGGGCGAGGCGAUGCAGGAACUCAAGCUGAGUUCCACGGCCAUCCGGGAGAGACUAGCGAGGGCGCGCAAGUUGUAGUUGUAGCGCGAAUCUGUAGCAUCAAUUUGAAGACGCCAGAUUUAAAUUCAAAC